UAUAUAAUAAAAUAAUAGUAUUUUAAAUAAAUAUAUAUAAUAAAAAUAAUGGAAGAUUCUUCUAUUAUUCUAACUAUAAUAAAUAACGAGAAAAAUCAAAUAAUUGCUCACGAUAUAUAUUAUAAAGCUUUUUCUAAAUUUGGAGAUGUUUUACGAAUAUUAAUAUUUAAAAGAUCUGUAUAAUAGAAAGCAUUCAUCGAAUUAGAUUGUUUAGAAAAUGCUCAAAAAGCAAGAAUAGCUUUAAAUAAUACUUAAUUUUUGGAAGAUGGAUCUAGAAUUUAAGUAUAUAAUUCGACAUUAAAAAAAAUAGUAUUUUAAGAUAAUAAUUCUGGAGGAGUUGAUUAUACUAUUAUAAAAAAAAAAUUAUUGGAAAAGAUAACAAAUCCAAAUGAAUAAAUAUUAUAAAAUGCUAAGCAAAUAUAGCCUAUAUAACUAGUUGCAUAAAACAAAAUAAUAAAUUAAAUUAAACAAGAAAAUAAACAAAUAUUAAAUAAUUAAGAUAUAGAAAAAAAUAAGCAAACCAAAUACGAGUCUCCAAUAAGUAAUAUAUAAUAACAAUUUUUUUCACAAUCUACAGAGAUUAAACCAAAUAAAUAAAUAUUAAUAAAGUAAAUGUCUAUUAAAAAAAUAAAAAUUAUAUAUAUAUAUAUUAAUUAAUCAACAAGUAAUUCGAAAUUAUCUUUGUAAAAUUCUAAAGAUACAAAAGUUGGAUUAAAAAAUGUUAAAAUAUUUAUAAAUUUAUAUAAAUAAAUUAAAUAAAUUAAAAAAAGUAACAAUAAAAAAAAAUGUUCGAUAAAAAUUAUAUUUAAAAUAUUUUUCAGAAAAAUUUUAAUGA